UGUGCGUUUCUUCAAAAAAACUCUCUUCCUCAAAAAUCAUUCAUUACCCAAAGCCUCUCUCUCGCCCCUUCACUCCUCUGAAAGGAAAAUUCUGACUUUUUUGCGUGUCCCCCCGUAUUAAAUACAGAGACUUGAAAUUUUUGAACAGUUGACUGUUAAGGGGAGAAAGAAAAUUAAAAAAAAAAAAGAAAGAAUAUUCAUAAAAGUGGAAGAGUUCUUAAGGCGUUGUAUUCUUGGCUAUUCAAUCAAAGAAAUCAAAAGAAACUUUUCCUUUGCAGGAAUUGGAGGAAGGAUGGGUGGUUGCUUUGAUGUUGUGUGGGCUCAGUCUUCACUCUUUUUCGAACAAAAGUAUGAAACGGAAGACGGGGAUCCAACGGCAAGGAACUUGUACUAAACCAAAGUUGGGGAAGAUAAUGAAGUGCCUUUGCUCCGGAGAGCAGUUAGGAGCAGAUGAAAUGGUUCUCUCAUCUGAGUCCCCGGGAACAAAAGACUUUUUUGUGGUAGCAGGCGAGUCUUCUUCUAAAGUAGGUGGAGGAAAGAAGAAGCCAGAUAUUGGAAACAUAGAAGAAGCUGAAUCAUCUCUCCGUGAAAGUGGUUUUCUGAACUAUGAGGAAGCAAGAGCAUUGCUAGGAAGACUAGAAUAUCAAAGAGGAAAUGUUGAAGCUGCACUUCAUGUAUUUGAAGGAAUAGAUAUUGCUUCUGUGACACCAAAGAUAAAACUCUCCAUACUUUCCAUUACUCAAAGAGGAGAGCACCGAAAGCGUCGUUCCCACAGCGAUGUUGCCCCACCGAUGUCUAUGCAUGCUGCCAGUUUGCUCUUUGAAGCAAUCUAUCUCAAAGCAAGAUCACUGCAGGAUCUUGGAAGGUUUCAAGAAGCUGCUCAAUCAUGCAAAGUUAUUCUGGACACUGUUGAAUCUGCCUUACCAGAAGGCUUGCCUGAAAACUUUGGUACUGAUUUUAAAUUGCAGGAGACUCUAAACAAGACUGUCGAGUUGCUUCCAGAGUUAUGGAAACUUGCUGGCUUCCCCCAUGAAGCAAUCUUAUCAUAUAGGCGUGCCCUCCUUCAUCAUUGGAACCUUGAUCCAGACACCAUAGCAAAAAUAGAGAAAGAAUUUGCCAUUUUUCUUCUCUAUGGUGGUUGUGAUGCAAGCCCCCCAAACCUCCGUUCCCAAAUGGAAGGCUCCUUUGUACCAAAGAACAAUAUAGAAGAGGCUAUUCUUUUGUUACUCAUUCUGCUAAAAAAAUUUGCUCUCAGAAGGAUUGAGUGGGACCCAUCAAUUAUAGACCACCUAUCAUUUGCUCUCUCUGUGUCAGGGGAACUAAGAACCUUGGCCAAUCAGGUUGAAGAAUUGCUUCCUGAGAUUUUGGAUAAGAAAGAAAGAUAUUACACCCUAGCGUUGUGUUACUAUGCAGAAGGUGAAAAUGUGGUUGCUCUGAAUCUACUAAGGAAAUUGUUGAGUGGCAGAGAGAAUCCCAAUUGCAUUGGAGCUUUAUUACUGGCUUCAAAGAUUAGUGGAGAAGAUCUAAACCUGCCUGAAGAAGGGGAAGCUUUUGCUCGUAAAGCAAUUGCUCUCUUGCAUGGAGGAUGCAAUCGAAUGAUAAGUGUCACCAAUUACUUGUUAGGUAUCUCGCUGUCAGCUCAGGCCAGAUUAGUUAGAUCUGAUUCUGAAAGGAGCAUGAGACAAAUUGAUGCACUCAGAGCCCUAGAAACUGCUGAGAAAAAAAUGAGAGAAAGAGAACCUAAAGUUAUAUUCUAUCUCAGCCUAGAAAAUGCUGAGCAGAGAAAGUUGGACGUUGCACUUUAUUAUGCAAAGCAAUUGCUGAAACUAGAAGCCGGAUCUAACAUUAAAGGGUGGAUCCUCUUGGCUCGAAUAUUGUCUGCUCAAAAACGGUUUGUGGAUGCUGAGACUAUCAUUAAUGCUGCUUUGGAUCAGACUGGAAGGUGGGAUCAGGGAGAGUUAUUACGAACAAAGGCAAAACUCCAAAUUGUCCAGGGUCAGUUAAAAAAUGCAAUUAAAACAUAUACACAUCUUCUUGCUGUUCUUGAAGUUCAGAGGAGAAACUUCAGUGUGUCCAAGAAGAUUUUGAAGGGAAGUGUAGAUCACAAUAGAGCUUUGGAAAUGGAAACAUGGCAUGAUCUGGCUUAUAUCUACACAAGCUUGUCACAGUGGCAGGAUGCUGAAGUUUGCCUUACCAAAUCCAAACAAAUCAAUCCUCAUUCUGCCUCUAGAUGGCACGCCACAGGUGCACUAUAUGAAGCGAAGAGUCUUUACAGAGAAGCUCUGAAAGCAUUUGCAAGCGCAUUAGACAUUGAACCUAACCAUGUCCCAAGUUUGGUCUCUACAGCUGUUGUACUCGGAAAACUUGGUGAGCCAUCAUUGCCAGUUGUCAGAGGCUUUCUAACAGAUGCACUGCGGCUAGACAAGACAAACCAUUUUGCUUGGUACAACCUUGGACUUAUUUACAAAGCUGAAGGUGGUGCAUCAACAUCUGAAGCUGUUGAAUGUUUUGAGGCUGCAGUUCUUCUUGAAGAAUCUGCACCAGUUGAACCCUUCAGAUGAUUAGUCUAGAAUGGACACAUGAUCUCUGACGAUGAGAGCUUAAGGAGGUGGAAAGAAAAGCUGCUUGGUUGUGUCCAAGAAGAUUUAAAUGGCCAAAUGGAGCCCGAAGUUAC